UGUGGUUUCCAUGUUUCUACAUUCUACAUGAUUCUUCAUUGAUUUUCUUUCACUUGUCCUUCUAGGCUCAUAAGACCCUUGAGAAUCAAAUGAGUUUCUUGCUGGAGGAAAGGGGUAUAUUCGUCUUAAAAAAGUGGAAAAGAAGCUAAGAAUGAGACAGCAGUAUAUGGUGUCACAAGUUGCAUUGCUCUAUCCUGUAAAAAUCUCUGCAGGAGCUACACAGGACCAAGAGCUUGAAUCAUUUCCUAACAGUAGCAAAUUAGGGCUUUCUGCUGGAUCUAAGCCUGUGAAUCCUGGAUCUUUGACAAUUUUGGGUCUGCAGUUGACAAUGAUUCCCUUUAAAACGAUGUCUCUUUUCUCAGACAAGAAAGAGGCUCAGAAGACUUCAAGUGCUCUGGGAUAUGUUGGUCAUGCUGUUCUACUUAUAGCUUCGUACUUGAAAGUUCCACUACCGCGCUUUGGUGGCUCUCGUUCAUAUAUUAUUGAGACAUUGUGUAGACGUGCACUUUUUUCUUGUCAAUGAAGAGCCAUAAUAAGUAUGACUAGCUAAUGUGUUAGUGAUUAUGACAUUUGAUAUGCCGUAUUUUUAGU